UUUCCACAGAUCCCACCAGGGAAGGUUUUUCGUCCCCUCCCCGUUAGGGUCAACCCUUCCUCGGGGCAGCCCAGAUAAGCUCUAGGGCGUGGGGAGGGGUCUUCCCGGCCCCCUUCCCAGAAUCCCCCCCCCCCACACAGGAGGGCCUCUCCUGAAGCCCUCAUUGCUCUUCCUUCCUCUAUUUAUUAUUUCCUGUCAGUCUUUUCCAAAUGACCUGGGGACUUAGUUUUUAUGUGUCAUUGAUUUAAAAGUGUCGUUACUGCUCGCCUUUGUAAAAAGGGGGGGGGGUUCUGAGGGUGGCAGCAAUAUCUAAUGCAGUAGAAGGGUGAUUCUGAGGGGUGGCAAGAUCCCUGGUGGUUUGCUGGUGCUUCCCCCCUCUCUUCUUCUGGUUCUCUCCCCCCACCCACCCACUCCCAGAAUGUGGGGCAGAGCUUUACAGCACCUGUUUUCCAACCGUCCCCUCAUGGUGCGGCGUCUGUGCCCAACUUUCCUUGCUCGUGGUCCAGGGUUGUUCCCAGUAGUUUCAAGGCGGUCAUAUACACCACAAGCAGAAAGGAAGAGGUUUUACCAGAAUGUUAGCAUCACUCAAGGUGAAAGUGGCUUUGAAAUCAACUUGGACCACCGGAAGCUGAAAACCCCCCAGGCCAAGCUCUUCACAGUGCCCAGCGAGACCCUGGCUUUGGCCGUGGCGACCGAAUGGGAUUCUCAGCGGGACACUGUCAAGUUGUACGCCAUGCACCUGACCACCUUGUGCAACACGGCUUUGGACAACCCAUCCCAGCGAAACAAAGAUCAGCUCAUCAGGGCAGCUGUGAAGUAUCUGGAGACGGAUACCAUCUGCUACCGGGUAGAGGAGCCACCUGCCUUGGUGGAACUGCAGAGGAAUGAGUGGGAUCCUGUAAUCGAGUGGGCUGAGAAUAGGUACGAUGUUGCGAUUGGUUCGUCAACAAGCAUCCUGGGCCCCAGCAUCCCGCAAAGCACGAAGGACACCUUCGUUAGCCACCUGGCUUCCUAUAACAGCUGGGCCCUUCAAGGCAUAGAGUACAUGAUCACGCAGCUGAAGUCUUUGAUUCUCUCAAUAGCGCUCCUUGAUAAGCACUUAACAGUUGAGCAAGCCGUCCUGCUGUCUCGCCUGGAGGAAGAAUACCAGAUCCAGCACUGGGGCAACGUGGAGUGGGCCCACGACUACGACAUGUACGAGAUCCGUGCCCGCACGGCCGCUGCCGCCCUUUUUGUUCAUCUCUGCACAGAGAGCUCCACCAUCAAGCAGAAGCUGCUUCAGGACUGAGGCUCUGGGGUGGAGGAGCAGGUGGUGGUACUGGAAGGUGGCCCAGACCUGAAUAGCUCACGGGGGAAUCUCUGCUGCUGCUGCUGGUGACAUUACUGCCCUCCGGAGGCUGAUGUGACGUUGAUGUAGCCUCAGCGCCUUGCAUUGACUGGGUGAUGUGGGGAGACUUGCGGCAUACGGAUGGAGCCCUGCUGUCCACGCAAGCGGUGUGGAUGCUUCCAGUAGUCUCAGAACAGGGAAGGGGUCCUUGGCAUGCUUCCUUUUGUCCAACCUUGGCUUGCGGCCUCUGACCGGACUUCCCUGUACUGCACACGUUCUGCCUCUCCUUGAACCCCAGGAAAGGUAUCCUGGGCUUCUUCCACCUGGGUCCUUAGGCAGCCGCCCUUUGGGGAUUCCAUUCGUUCCUGGAAACAACAGGCAAUCUCCCGCUGUGGUCGUUUGCACUGCAGGGGCUCACCAGCACGGAUGGAGUUCUUCAGGGCUUCUACUUGAACAUGCAUUCCUGGUGGAGAUGCGAGCCCCUGAGCAUACUGCUGACCUUGAGACAGGGGACGCCCCAAGGCGGGCCGUGCAAGCGUUGCACCUUCUCAAAAGUUCCGGCCUGCAUAACGAAUCAAAAGGGGGAGAGAGAUGGCUCCUCGCUCCUUCCCCUGAAGAGCCUUCCCCCACCCUGGCGCCCUCCGGAGGCAUUGGGCUCAAUUCCCAUUGCUGUAUCAGCGCACCUUUUUUACUGUUUGGAAGUAAAAAUGGACAUGCUUGGGCAGCCUCUUUGACACAGGGCAUGGCGUUCUCUCCAGUUGUACUUCCGACACAGAAAAGAUCUUCUUCCUCCUUUUCCCUGAUUAAAUUCUUCUGUUCGGCG